ACUUAAAAAUAAAAAUUAAUUAUUUUAAAUUACAAUGCAAUUCUAUGGCAACAAAAUUGUAUACAAAUUGCUGUUUAUCUUAAGAUAGGUAUUCUCUGCAAUAUCCAGUGACUCGGUGUUAUUUAUUUUAUGUAUAAAAAAAUAUAUAUGUAUUGAAAUGUCUUACAAUAAAUCACAAUUACAAAAAGAAUAUAAAAAGGUAUUCAAUUCUUCUCAAAGGAAAAACUCUGAUGAUAUAAAAAGGAGUUCAUUAUCAUUAAAUAAUCGACUUGUUUGGAUACAUGGAAAACCAAAUACUUCUAUACAUAAUAAUAUUUCCAGUAAUGGUAGAGAAAUAAAUCAUUCAUCUAAACAAUCAACUAAAUAUGAUAAGGAUAUCACUGAUAAUUUGAAUCAUAAUUUAUUGCAAGCAAAAAAAACUUAUACAGUCAUUAACAUAACAUUCGAUGGAUUUUCACAAGAAAAAAUACAAAUUACUGAUCAGCCACAGAAGAAAAUUAAUAAGAAAAUUAAUGAAUGUGAUUUGAAAAAAAAAAAAAAUAAUAAUGAUGAUUGCUCUAUGACACUAAAAAAAGAACAAGAUAUUAUUUCUUUAACUGAUCCUCACGUGAAAUUGUUAGACAACUGUUCAUUAACAGACAAUAUAAAGGAUGUGAUUCAAAAGGAAAAAGAUGAUGAGUUUGACAUAGUUUUUUUAAAUGAUCAACAUCAGUUAGAAAUUCAAACGAUAAAUAUUUGAAUUUAUUACUUGGAGUACCUACUAAGAUGUAGUCAAGUAAACAAUGGAAUUCAAAACAAUAAAUAAUGUGUAUGUAUUGUUAAUUCCUAGUAAAUAUUAAAUAUUUUGUAUUAUAAAAUA